GACUUUGUCGAUUAUAUCUUACGGACCUCCGAUCUUUUUUUUUUUUCUUCGUUCACCUCAUUUCGCUUGUUCUUCUUCUUCUUCAUUUCAAUCUCAAUUUUCUUUGGACCCACUUAAAAUCUCUUCUGAUUUUCUGUUGAAUUCCAUUUCCCUAUCACUAUACAAUCCCCCUACCCCUCAGCCAUGGAGGACAAACACGUUGCUUUUGAAUCCGUCCCUGUAAAUGAAGAUCUUGACGCCCCUAUUUCUCACGCCCAUGUUGACCAUGGCUGGCAGAAGGUUACCUACGCCAAACGUCAGAGGAAGACGGCCAAGCCCUCCGCCGAUGCUGGUUCCGCCAAAAUCGUGCCUAAUGGUACCGUUUCCGUCCCCGGCGCGGACAACGUUUUUCGCUCGCUGGAGCAGAAAUCGGAGGAGCGACGCCGCCGAAUUGCUGAGGCGCAGAAGGCGGCUGCUGUUUACGACGAUGAGGCUGUUCCGGUUAGAUCGAAGAUCGGGUCCGAUGAUGAGGAUGGGGAGGACAGUGAUGGAGUGGGUGUGGAGAACGGAAAGCCUAGCGAGGAUGCCAAGAAGGUGAAGCAAAAGAAGCCGAAAAAGCCUAAGAUUUCGGUGGCGGAGGCGGCUGCGAAUAUUGAUGUAAACGAUCUGUUGGCGUUUUUGGCCGAUGUGUCGGGCUCGUACGAGACUCAGCAGGAUAUCCAGCUAAUGAGGUUUGCGGAUUAUUUUGGUCGCGCAUUCUCGGACGUGAGCGCUUCUCAAUUUCCAUGGGUGAAAAUGUUUAGGGAGUCUCCAGUAGCUAAGAUUGUUGAUACCCCCCUCUCGCAUAUUUCUGAGGAUGUCUAUAAGGCGUCAGUUGAUUGGCUUAAUAAACGUUCUCUUGAGGCACUCAACUCUUUCGUUUUAUGGUCUUUAGAUAGCAUCCUUGCUGACUUUGCGGCUCAACAAGCUAGUGCCAAAGGCUCUAAAAAGGGAGCACAACAUGCUUCGUCAAAAUCUCAGGUUGCCAUAUUCGUAGUCCUAGCAAUGGUAUUACGAAGAAAACCUGAGAUUUUCAUUCACGUGUUGCCAACAAUAAGGGAAAACUCAAAGUAUCAAGGACAGGACAAGCUUCCAGUACUUGUCUGGAUGAUAGUUCAGGCUUGUCAAGCAGAUCUUGCAAUAGGGCUUUAUGCAUGGGCACAUAACCUUUUGCCCAUAGUUAGUGGUAGAGGUUGUAAUCCCCAGUCUAGAGAUUUAAUUUUGCAGCUAGUGGAAAGAAUUUUGUCCUCUCCAAAAGCUCGUACUAUUCUAGUAAAUGGUGCAGUCAGGAAGGGGGAGAGAUUGAUUCCGCCUUCUUCAUUUGAAACACUUCUACGUGUUACUUUCCCUGCAUCAUCAACUAGAGUGAAGGCCACUGAAAGGUUUGAGGCCAUCUAUCCAACCUUGAAGGAGGUUGCACUUGCUGGCUCUCCUGGUAGUAAAGCCAUGAAACAAGUUUCACAGCAGAUAUUUAGUUUUGCUGUCAAAGCAGCAGGAGAAAGUGUUUCAGCGCUAUCUGGAGAAGCAACUAACGUUUUCAUUUGGUGUUUGACGCAAAAUGUUGAUUGCUACAAGCAAUGGGACAAGAUUUAUGAGGAUAACCUAGAAGCUAGUGUUUCUGUUUUGAAAAAGCUUUCUGAUGACUGGAAAAAGCUUUCGUUAAAUCUAGCUCCUUUUGAUGCUCUGAGAGAGACAUUAAAAAGUUUCAGAAUCAAGAAUGAGAAGGCAUUGGCUGAUGAAGAAGAGGAUGAUCGCCAGUCAACAUAUAAGGAGGCAGAUAAGUAUGCUAAGGCAUUACUGAACAGGGUUUCACGAGGCCAUGGAUGUCUCAAAAGUAUGGCUCUUAUCGUCAUCGCUAUAGGCGUUGGUGCUGCAUUCAUGUCCCCGAACAUAGAGUCUUUGGAUUGGGAGAAACUCACUGCUUUCAUCCCACAACACUCUUUCUGAGCUGCUGCCCUUCCUGCAUUGUCAGAUAACGUUUCGUAUUUCGAUCUCUUCCCCCUCUGAUGAAGCCGUCCUAGGGCAAGGACCUCUUUCGAGUAAGGGAAGCCGAAAAUCCCCUGGUAACAAAACUGCACCAACUAGUUAGUCCUUUUACAUCCUUGUAAUCCUCUUGAGGAUACAAAAGUAGUGGUUGUAGUAAGUUUUUUAAGUUAAUGCUGCUGCUCAAAAAGGCUGAAUAGCCACUUUAGCAUCUUUUAAUUUGAUUUUUGACUGUCCUUUUUGUUUCUUCUUCGUCUUCUUCCUCCUUUGGUUGUUAGAUUUGUUUAAGUUAUUUGCCUACUCUAACCUUCACAGUCUCGGCUAUAGAUGAUCAGAAAGGGAGUUGGAUACAAAUGUAAUUUCGGAAGAAAGAAAUUGUUUCAUUUCUAAA